AUGUCGCGUUCCGACCACGAGAUAGCCAUCGCGCAGGACCAGAACCACUUUGUGCUUCUCGUAGAGCGACUUCGCUGCUACGGAGACCAGUGCCCUUUUCCCGCGUGCUGCUCACCGUCUCAAACACCCGAGAAACGAUCUUUGCCGCAAAAGGACCUUCCCGAGCAAGCCAAGGCGCACGACGCGACCGUCGCGAGGCUUCAUCAGGCAUGUGCCACACUGCGGAUCCCUCCUCGCGCUGAGGAAUUUGCGCAACACCUAUUUCGGCAUUUCUUCAAGCCCAUCUCUUUGCCGCGGACCUUUGGGGAGGCGCACAAGUCAGGCAUUGCCGCUUGUAUCUGGGCCUCAUGUUCGGAACACAAGCUCAGGAUCAACAAAGACAAUAUCUGCGCGGUUGUCGGCGUCGGCAUGGAGCACUUGCAGUCUGCUCUCUGGCCGGUACAAGAGUCCUAUGUCAAAUUCAAGAACCAGUAUUUCCGGCGCAAACUUCGUACAAAGGGUGAAGCCAGAGGUGGCAUCUAUGACCACGCCACCAGACGGCGCAGGAGGCUGUGUGGGAGAGAUGUCAGUGGAGAGCUGAGGGCCCAGAUCUUCCUCAUGGCCAGUCGGAUGUGA